AUGUCACGCCGGAAACAGAAGCGACCCCAGCAUCUCGUUAACACGGAUCCGGGUGGCCCGAGGCUGCUAUCUCACGAUGAUCACUUGGGAAUGAAGUCACCGUCCACAUCUCUGGGCUCUGAAGUGACAUCAUCAGGGUCCUCAUCCUCAUCCCCCACCUCUCUCCACGACUGCCAGCCGCCUCUGGCCCCUCGCCCAUCCCCCGGUGGGCUGCACGCGCCCUCCUUACCCAGUGAGAGCUCGCCUCCUCCCCACUGGCCCAGCCACAUUGCCCCCUUCACCACCUCCCUCCCCAACACCCAUUCUUCCCUCUCCCCAGACUUUCCUCAUCCCUCGCUGUCUUCCCAGACUCACUCGCCUCCUCCCCUGGGUCAAACCUCAGGUUCCCACCAAGGAAACUCUCACUCCACCAUGACAUCCCCACCGGUGGGCAGUUCAGCCGCCGCCACUACCUCCUCCUCUUCCUCCUCCUCCACAUCCUCGCAGUGUGUGCCGCCUCACCGGGACAGCUCCAGUCCAGGUCAGCAGCAGUCCUCCAGCUCUACAGGGCAGCAGGGACAGAUCCAGGUGCCUCCAACCCUGGCAGUACUCCUAGAGGAGCUGAGGGUUUUACAGCAGAGGCAAAUCCACCAGAUGCAGAUAACAGAAGAGAUCUGUAGGCAUGUUCUAAGGCUUGGAGGGGCUGUCUUUGGCCAAGAAAAUAACGCACAGGUCAGUGCUGCAGACAGCAACCAGAAGUCUACGGGAGCAGCAUCUUCAUCACCGACACACCCUUCCACUGCCACUCCAGUGACCACAGCUUCAUCGCUGUUGACUGGCCUUCCGUCUUCCCUCUUCCCCCAGCCAGCCGUCUCCAAAUCAGGCACUUCUCAUGUUAAUGGCAGCAGAGCUUCAUCCUCCUCUACCUCUUCCUCAUUAUCUUCCUCUUCUUCCUCAUCUAUUUCCUCAUCUAUCAGCUCCUCCGUUGCCUCCCUGCACCCACUGUCCUUGUCAUUAGGCCUACCGCCACGCUACCUCCACGAGAAAUCGUCUAACACUUCCUCAUUCGGCCACAACAAUGGUGUCAGCUUCCCUACUCCUCCCCUUCCAACCACCAGCCAUUCCCAGGACCUCCAGCCCAGCUCCUCUCUCGCCUCUGCCUCCUCAUCGGGACGCCCUCAGCAUGUAUGCCGUUUUUGUGGGAAAGUGCUGAGCAGUGAUUCAUCACUUCAGAUCCAUCUGAGGUCACAUACUGGUGAAAGGCCCUACCAGUGUCCAGUCUGCUUGAGCCGUUUUACAACUAGAGGGAACCUCAAAGCUCACUUCCUGCGACACAGAGAGCAGAACCCAGAGCUGUCCCUCUCCCUGCUGCCCCCAGCACUGUCUGAGCAGACACAGAGUGGAUGUGCCCCUGGUGCCAUCCAGAGAAGGAGAAAACGGCGGGCUGAUGAUGACGAGCCAUUUAACGGAGUGAAAGGGAGCAUUCCUGGAAUGACAGAGAACAUGGCUUUAGGAUUCCUGUCCGGUGCGUCAGCUCGGCCCUCGCCUUCCUCUCUACCUCUGCCCCCCUCAGUGGACAUGGCGCUGCUGUCCACAGCCCAUUCACUGCUCCAGCUAAACAGAGCCUCAGCUGCAGCUGCUGCCAGUGCAUCGAGCACUGUACUCCCUUCUUCUUCUACGUCCUCAUCUUCCUCCUCCUCCAUGGGGAGCCAGUUUAAAGGAGCAAAGCAGCAGCGUUUUGAUGAAAACACACCUCCUCACUCUACCCUUCACACAACCUCUGCAUACUCCCAACUAGCCCACCUCCCCAAGAUUCUCUUCCCUGGAGGUACCUCCCCUCAUCACCUUGCACUUCUCCGGCCCCCGGGCCACCCAUCCUCCUCCCACCUCACUUCCCCUCAUCAGCUACCCUUCCCCUUUCCGCCUUUCCCUAAACCAUCAACCUCAUCACCCUCCUCGUCCUCUCCCACCGCCUCAACCCAGACCUCAGACACCUCCAAGUUGCAGCGGCUGGUACAGAAGCUUGAAAAGCAACCACAGGGAGGUGCCUCUUCCUCUAACUCUUCUCCCUCUACCUCCUCACAAACACCUGCUGACGCCAAUGGGGACACACACGGCCAUGACCUGACCACCACGUCCAGCGCCUAUCGCAGGGAAAUGUUGGCUGCACUUGGCCUGAGCCCAAGUGCCAGUGCUGCAGGACUAGUGACCAGUCAGGGAGUCUCAGGUUCAGGCACUACAACCACCACAACUGCCCCCUCUCUUUCUACUGCCCAGGCUGCAAACCAGUGUGGUGUCUGCCUGCGUGUCCUCAGCUGCCCUAGAGCUCUGCGUUUGCACCAGGCCACACAUCUGGGAGAGCGUCCGUUCCCUUGUAAGCUGUGCGGUCGCUCCUUCUCCACAAAGGGUAGCCUUAGGGCCCACCUGGCUACUCACCGUGCAAGACCACCAAAUGCCCGUGCCCUAAACUCCUGCCCGCUGUGCCCACGCAAAUUCACUAAUGCCUUGGUACUUCAGCAUCACAUCCGCUUGCACCUGGGAGGGCAAAUACCACCUGAUGAAGACAUGCCACCUGAAGACGGUGCAGAAAUGGAAAGCGCCGUCUUUGAUGAUGGUGAGAAUGACUCCAUCAGUUCCCCAUCUAAAGCCCAACAACUCCUUCCCUUGGCCUUAACAAUAGGCUCCAGGUCUCCAAAAGAUGUGCUCAACUCAGGGUCCACCUCGAAGCAAUCCACAGCUCCUGAUGUUACGUCUGUGAAGACAGAGGAAUCCGAGGGUUCAACACCCAGUGUUAGCCCACCCCUGACCCGUAAUCCCCCUUCAGUGGGAGCUGAGGACCCCCUGCGUCUGGUAGACAACACCCUGGCUGAUGGUAGCCCCAUGAACGGCUCCAUGUACUCCGAGGAGGAGACCCACGCUGACCUGGGUAGCACCAGCCCUUUCAAAGCACCCUUAGCUAGUUCUCAUUCAGCUGUAGUGAAUAGAGAUGCAGAGGAAGAUGACACCCCUCUAUCCCUCUGUGUUUCGAAGUCUGGGGUAGAAAAUGAUGCACUGCACAGAGGGGUUAAUAAUGAUGACGCCUGCUCGACAGACGUGCCAGCGACUAGCACUGAUUCUAACCCAAAACCCCCAGCUGCAAAUCCCUUACCUGCACUCACUCCUCCUGCUAGCCCCAAAGUUAUCCCAGAUGCAGGAGAGGCCUGUGGCAGUGCACCACAAGGGCCACAGGAGAGAGACGCUGCCCAAACUAAGGGGAAGGGUGAGCCUACCACACCCAGAGAGCCUUUGUCAGUGUUGGAUCCAGAGCUGGACAACGACACUCCAGUGGAGGAGGGUUAUGGUGUGCCAGAAAAACCUUCAGUGGACCCAGAGACCUCUGUCUCAGCACCAGCCCCACAGAGUCAGCCUCCCCGCCCGGAUAAACCCUACAGCUGCUCCCACUGUGGAAAGGCAUACGCCAGCCGUAGUGGGCUUAAGGGACAUAUGAAAACUCACCCUGGAGCAUUGAUCAGUACCCCCUCCAAGGCUCAAACCAGUGACACUGACAUUGCGGACGAUCGCAGUUCACAUUCAGCCAAUAAGAACCUGGGACAGCAGGAUGAAAAGCAGGGAUUGGCUAAAUCCCCUGAGAAAGGUGACAGCACAGAUCCUCUACCAAUCAGUGUUGGUUCUGAUGUGGUAGGUGAGCCUAUGGGCACUGCUGUGUAGAAAGUUAGAAUUGUUGAAUGGCUGCAGUCAGUUUUUAAAGGGUCCUGACAAGGGAAUGUAUUUUUUUAAUAGAAUGAGAUUUGUUUUUAGAGCUAUUAAUUCAAAUUCAUGUUCACCUUUUGUAUUAGAUAGAUCUAGUUUAUAUUGUAGUACCAUUACAAGAGACUUUUGAAUGUAGUAUUUUAGCUAUGUAUUUUUGUAUUUCAAAGACCACAGUGAGGCCUUAUCUUACGCAUUUCACAGCAUAGUCAUGAGGAGAAUUAAUUGUUUGCGCUUUUUUGCCGACACCUACUACAGCACAUACUGCAUAAUAUCAAACCAGUAUAAGCUGAGUGUAAAAAAGUGGAGGGUCCAGAAUUUUACAAAAUGAACUCCAUACCAAAAUAGGCCAAAUUAGUUAUGGCCAUUGUUUGUAAAUAUGAGCUGAGGUUACAUGUUAAGCCUUUUUAUUGUUACUUUCUUCUUUCCUUUUUUUAAUGCAAUGCUGCUGAAUGCAUGUUUCUGAUGUGCUGUGUUGCACUGUGAGUUGCACUGUGUCCUUUGCUGCCGAAAGAUCAGUUGGAGCAAACACAUGCUGGCAAUGAUGACGAUGAUAACCAUGAUGAUGAUUACAAUAAUAAUGAUGGCGACGAUUGUGUUAGAUUAUCAGUACUCCUGUACUUAUAGCUGUGAACAUUGCUAGCAGUAAAUGACCGUGUUCAUACUGAUGAUUGUAAAUGUUUUUUCUUGUUGUUGAUGUGCCGUGUCAAACUGACAACAAGGAUUGAGCCCCGUCCGUUAAAACUCCCCCUCCUUUACCACCCACCCUCCCCAUUCUCCUCUCUCAAAGCAUUUGAGAGUUUUCUGCUCCUGCAGAAAUUGUCUGCACUCACUGCAUUCCUGCUUAGUCCAGUUUAGUAUUUGUAUGCUUUACUUUACCCUUUGUAAACC